AUGGAGCUACAGAACGUGGUUGACAUCAUGGCUGCAGUAGAGUGUAGCAGAUUGGGAGUUAUAUCAGCAUUACUGUUGCUUCUACUGCUAGUUUCAUUUACAGCGUACAAAAGAGGAAACAAAUCUACCUUACCAGGUCCCUACUGGUUACUUGGUCUUGGUCCCAUUCUAAGCUAUUCUAGGUUUUUGUGGAUGGGUAUUGGUACAGCCAGCAAUUACUAUAAUAAGAAGUAUGGUUGCAUGACUCGGGUUUGGAUCCAGGGAGAGGAGACACUUGUACUAAGCAAAGCAUCUGCUGUGUAUCAUGUUCUGAAGAGCAGUAACUAUAUUGCCAGAUUUGCUAGUAGAAGUGGACUGAGGUACAUCGGUAUGGAUGAACAAGGCCUUAUCUUUAACAGCAAUGUCCCACUUUGGAAAACACUACGCACAUAUUUUGCCAAAGCCCUAACAGGCCCUGGUCUGCAGAGGACAGUGAGUGUGUGUGUUAGUGCCACCAAUAAGCACCUGGAUGUCCUGUGUGAUUUCACGGACUCCUCAGGCCAUGUGGAUGCUCUGAACUUCCUGCGCUGUGUAGUGGUUGAUGUCUCCAACAAACUCUUCCUCCGAAUUCCUAUCAAUGAGAAAGAGUUGCUACUAAAGAUCCACAAAUACUUUGACACUUGGCAAACAGUGCUCAUCCAACCAGACAUUUUUUUCCGACUCGACUGGGUGUUUAAAAAACAUCAACAAGCAGCAAAGGAGCUACAGGAGGAGAUGGGGAGGCUUGUGGAGCAAAAGCGUAAAAUUGUCAAUGCGAUGGAAAAACUGGAUGAAACUGACUUUGCAACCGAGUUGAUAUUUGCUCAGAAUCAUGGAGAGAUCUCAGAAGACAAUGUGAGACAGUGUGUGUUGGAGAUGGUAAUUGCGGCACCAGACACUCUGUCCAUCAGUCUGUUCUUUAUGCUGGUGCUGUUGAAGCAGACACCAGCAGUGGAGCAGCGUAUACUGCAGGAGAUGCACAAUGUUCUAGGUGGACGGGAGAUGGAGUCGGCUGACCUGCAGAAGUUGACAGUGAUGGAGAGUUUUAUAAAGGAGUCUUUGCGGUUCCAUCCUGUGGUGGAUUUCAUCAUGAGGCGAGCGCUAGAUGAUGACUUCGUUGAAGGCUACAGGGUGGCCAAAGGGACAAACAUCAUUCUGAACAUUGGACGGAUGCACAAGAGUACAGAGUUCUUUCCCAAAGCCAGCAAAUUCAGUUUGGAGAACUUCGAUAAAAAUGUGCCGAGUCGUUUCUUCCAGCCGUUUGGCUGUGGGCCACGUGCCUGUGUGGGGAAGCACGUAGCUAUGGUAAUGAUGAAGGCCAUACUGGUGACGGUUCUGUUGCAGUACACAGUGUCCCCUCAGCCUGGCUGCACCGUCAACACCAUCAGGCAAACCAACAACCUCUCACAGCAGCCUGUAGAGGAGGACACACAGAGCCUGGCCAUGAAGUUCCUACCACGCAAAUGUGGCCCAGACAAACAAUAAG